AUGGCCACACAGACCCUUCCAGCCGAGGAUGUUGCCAGCUACGAUUACCUGAUCGUGGGAGGCGGGACUGCCGGAUGUGUAGUCGCGAGCCGGUUGGCUGAGUACCUACCGAAGAAGCGGAUUUUACUGAUUGAAGGGGGUCCAACUGAUGUUGGAGAUAAUCGCGUGCUUUUGCUCAAUGACCGUAUCAAGACGAUUAGUACAGACCUGGACUACGGCUACACAAGUGUACCACAGCCCAAUGGCAAUAGCCAUAUCCUUCACUCCAGGGCAAAGGUGUUGGGUGGCUGUUCCAGUCACAAUGAUAUGGUGUCCUUCCGCACUACCGAGUACGACGCAUACACUUGGCAAAAGCUGGGCUGCAAAGGCUGGACCUUUGAAUUGUUCAACCGCUUGCUCGACAAUCUGCGCACAACUGUUCGGAUCCCUCAUCCUCGCGACCAGAACCAGAUGUGCAAGGAUUGGAUCGAUUCAGCUCGAAAUGCUCUUGACAUCAACAAGAUUUCCGACUUCAACGCUCUUAUUGCCACUAAGAAAGGCCUUCCUGAAGGUGCUGGGUGGUGCAAUGUGUCUUAUGACCCCGACACGGGCUAUAGAAACAGUGCAAGCAUUGCUUACUUGCAUCCAAUCUUUCGUGGGGAGCAGCAUCGGCCAAACCUGACAGUUCUUACUGAUGCGUGGGUUUCGAAAUUGCACGUCGAAAACGACACGGCCACCAGUAUUGAUGUCACACUUCGUUGUGACAAUAAACACACCCUGCGAGCAAAAAGGGAGAUUGUACUCUGUGCCGGCGCUAUUGACACACCGAGGCUGCUUCUUCUCUCCGGAAUCGGUCCUCGCAAACAUCUGGAGUCUGUCAAUAUCCCGAUUGUCAAGGAUAUACCUGGAGUGGGCGAGAACUUGAAGGAUCAUCCGAUGACGACUAUGCUCUAUGAACUCAACAAGCCUGCCCCCUCUAACACCGCCAUGAACUCCGACGCUUGCUUGUUCAUGCGCGCCAAACCAUUCAAUGAGGCAGGUGACGAUGGAUACACACCAGACGUGAUGAUCCACAUGUUUCAGAUUCCUUUUUGCGAAGACCUAGAACGCCUUGGAUAUGAGAUCCCGAAGAAUGUUUUCCAUUUCCUUCCGGUUGUUCCGCGACCUCGAUCAGUUGGCCGACUUUACUUGAAGUCAAACGACCCCAAUGAGAAACCGGCUCUAGACUUUCGAUAUUUCACGGACUCGGGAGCUUACGACGCUUCGAUUCUCGUGGAAGGCAUCAAGGCAUCUCGCAAAAUUGCGGAACAAGCUCCGUUCAAGAGUUGGAUCAAACGCGAAAUCGCGCCCGGCCCUCACAUAUCAACCGACGAGGAACUUGGCAAGUACGCCCGCGCUGCUUCUAGCACAGUUUACCAUCCUACGUCUACUACCAAAAUGGGUGAUACAAGAAACGACCCUCUGGCGGUUGUGGACUCGGAGCUGAGGGUUAGGGGUAUCAAAGGGCUUCGAAUUGCUGACGCAGGCGUCUUCCCAACGAUGCUGUCUGUCAAUCCAAUGUUGACAGUGUUGUGUGUGGGGGAACGUGCCGCCGAGCUGAUCGCUGCGGAAGCUGGCUAG